AUGUCUGAAGAUCGCAAGUUGAAGAGUUUUGAUAUGGAUGGUGUAGUAGAUUACAUCAAGUCCGGCAAGGCAAAGAAAAUAAUCUUCUUAACAGGCGCCGGAAUCUCUACUGCUGCAGGAAUUCCAGAUUUCCGCUCUAUUGGAACCGGCUUCUAUUCAAAUCUUCAGAAGUAUAACCUUCCAGAACCAUCCGAUGUAUUUAAUAUUAAAUAUUUCAAAGAAAAUCAAGAACCAUUUUAUGAUCUCUGUCCUUCUCUUCUUCCAGGAAAGUACAAACCAACAUUUAUCCACUACUUUGGUGCAUACAUGGCUAAGAAAGGAAUCUUACUUAAACAAUACACACAAAAUAUUGAUGGAUUAGAACGCAUCGCUGGUGUUCCAGAAGACAAGCUUGUUGAAUCACACGGAACAUUCUCUACAGCCCAUUGCACAGAAUGCAAGAAGGAAUGGAAACUUGAAGAAAUUCGUGACAAAUUAUUGCUUGGAAAGCCACUUCAUUGCACAGAUCCAGAUUGCAAGGGCUUUAUCAAGCCAGAUAUUGUCUUUUUCGGUGAAAAUCUACCAACAUCUUUCCAGCAUAAUGCUAGAAUUGAUUUAAGAAGCUGCGACAUGCUUUUAAUCUCAGGAACAUCCUUGAAAGUCAAUCCAUUUGCUUCAUUACCAGGUACAGCACCAGAAGAUGUACCACGUGUCCUUAUAAACCUCGACAAAGUUGCUCAAUACACUGAAGAAGAAAUGGAUAUGGGUGGUGAGAUUGUCAAAGUUACUCCACCGAAUUUCAGAUCACUCCUACGUUACGAUCAUCCUUCAAAUACUCGUGACGUUUAUCUUGGUGGAGAUUGCCAGGAAACAUUUAAGGAACUUGCUCGCCGUCUUGGAUGGUAUGAUGACAUCAUUGCUAUGAUGCCUAAAUAG